AUGGAUCAAAAUUUUCAAUUGAGUUGUCUUUCAUAAUAUGGUGUAACUAAAUUAGAGCUUGGAUCUUAUCUAAAUAUUGCAACUCCAACUCUACAAUCCAUGUUUAAGAUAGAUUUACAUCUUUAAAUUUAUUGGACCUAUUCUAAUUAAAUGAUAAGACAGAUGAUAGUUGGAAAAUUUAUAAUAAUUGCAAACUAUUAUGAACUGAAUAAAGUAAAGGAAAUUUUAGACUGCCGAGUAACUUAUAGAGGAAUGACAGAAUUAUAUAAGGUCUAAUAAAUUAUAUCAUAAAAACAGUCUGUAGAAGUAUCAUUAUACUUAGUUUAGGUGUGUGUUGUAAAAAACAAAAUUUCUGGGAACACUUAUGUUUGUAAAACAUAUAGGAAAAAUAAUAAAAACAUAAGAAAAGCAUUAUCAGAAAUAUAGAUGCUUAUGAAAUUAAUAGGAUAAAGAAAUAUUGUUUAUUUGCAUGAGAUAUAUGAGAGUUAAGGUAAUUUGUAUCUUAUAAUGGAAAAAUUGGAUCAUUAACUUUUCGAUGAUUAUUAUCAUGAGGAAAUCUAAUUAAUAGCUUAUGUAAUUCUUCAUUUAUUAAGUUUUAGUAAUUAAUUAUAUUAUUGAGUGAAUUCUAAAAAUUGAAUAUUGCCCACCAUAAUCUCACUUAAAAGCACAUAAUGUUUGAUGAAAACAAUAAUAUAAAAUUAAUUAGCUUUGGAAAAACUUCAAGCAUAAAAGAAAAACCCGAUUUUUUUUUUGAUAUGUAUCAAACUGGAGAAAUCCUUCUUGAACUUUACUGCAUAAAUAAAGAUUAAUUAUUUUCAAAAUCAACUUAUUUGCCUGAUCAUGCUGUUAAUUUUAUUAAAGGUUUACUUAAUCUAACAGAAUACCGACUAAAUAUCAAUCUUGCGUAAACUCAUCCUUAUUUCAAAUCUUUAAAUGGGGAGAGCUAGUUAGUAAAGAUUAGAUCCCUUCUACCCAAAAGAAAUCUUUCUGAUUUAAAAAAAAAUAAGAAAUAGUAAGAUACUGAUCAAGAUUAAUUAACAAUACAGAUAUGA